CCUGACCCGCGGUACGGGCUGAACUUUAGAUUACGGUUGGUCUUUGCAACCCUCGGUUAUAUACUUAUUCGUCGCAUGGACAGUCUGUCGUUUCAAAACGAUGAAUGAAAGUAUACAUCAACGCGCGCGAAAAUUAACUAAAACGAUUGCCGUGAGAUCGAGAACGUCGAGAAUUAAAAAAAUUAUUUUUUGAUUAUGUCGUCGAAUUUGUGAUGUGAUUAUGUUGAAUGUGACGUCAUAUAAUUAAAGCAUGCGUAUGACUCUGAUGUGAACAGAAAAAAAAGAAAAGUUUAUUAGAAGGUAGAAGAAGAAAGACGAGGAAAGAAACGGAAGAAGAAAAAGAAGAAAAAAAAAAAAAAGAAACAAGAAAAAAGAAAUUUGCCAACGAUCAUUCCGACGAACCAAUGAGAAUCUCCGUGAGAUCGUACGAGGUGGCUUUAAGGGCCAAAAAAAGAAAAUCUCGUCUUAUCAAGAAUCCACGAGAAAGACUCGCGAGGAAUCGUAAAAUUUCUGAAAGAUGAAAUAACAUAGAUAGAUAAAAAAAAAAUCAAGUAUCAAAAAGAAGAAGAAGAGGAAGAAGAAGGAAAGAAAAAAAAGAGUAGAGUGAACAUCAACAUUGAUUCGAUUUAAUUAUCCUGAAUGAUAUAUAAUACUGAUGGAUCGCAAUAGAAAAUACUCUAUAAAAACUAAAGGAACGAGGGAUGUCAUUAUAAUUGUUAUUAGACGUUCGGGAUGUUGAACGUAAUGGCGGCGGCGGCCGUAACAAUGACUAUACCAUGUAGGGUCGAUCCGACUACGGCAACUACAGGAAGUAAUGGAAGUACGACCACUGGUACCGGUGGUAGUAACAAUGUAACCACUGUACCGGUUGAAAAUCCAACUGUAGAAAAUCUACCGGAUAACGUUAAUGUAUUUGUUGUUGUUAUCAAGGGCAUAAUAAUGGGUAGUAUUAUAACUACUGCAGUUCUUGGAAAUGCAUUGGUAAUAGCUAGCGUUAGAAGGCAUCGUAGAUUACGAGUUGUAACUAAUUGUUACGUCGUUAGCUUGGCUGCGGCCGAUUUAUUAGUGGCAAUCUGCGCGAUGACAUUUAACGCCUCUGUCGAAUUAUCAGGCGGCAGAUGGUUAUUCGGACGUUUCAUGUGCGACGUAUGGAACUCACUUGAUGUUUAUUUCUCGACUGCCUCGAUCCUACAUCUUUGUUGCAUCAGCGUUGACAGAUAUUAUGCGAUCGUUAGUCCACUCGAAUAUUCUGUCAUAAUGAGACAAGGUACAGUUGGAUGUAUGCUUGGAAGUGCAUGGAUUCUACCAGCUCUUAUCAGCUUCAUACCAAUCUUUAUGGGCUGGUACACUACUAAAGAACAUCUUGAAUUCAUGGUUAAUAAUCCUGAGGUCUGCGCGUUCAUAGUGAAUCGUCCGUACGCCGUUAUAAGUUCCUGCGUGUCCUUUUGGAUACCAGGUCUGGUGAUGAUAGUGAUGUACUGCAAGAUUUACAAGGAGGCGGUGAGACAACGUAAAGCCUUGAGCAGAACAUCGAGCAACAUCGUUUUGAACAGCGUACACCAUCAUAGAUCGUCAACGAGACAACACCAUCAUCAGCAGAUGCUAUUGCAGGCUGCCGCCGAUACCGGUGAGCUAGUUCUUCACACCGCACAUUGCAAGAUGCCCAACACCAAGCUCCACCCCAUUAACGGUACCUCAAUGAGACAGCAAAGUAAAAGCUGGAGAGCCGAGCACAAAGCAGCGAGGACACUUGGAAUUAUCAUGGGUGCAUUUCUUCUCUGCUGGUUGCCAUUUUUCCUUUGGUACCUAACGACGACACUUUGCGGAGAGGCCUGUUAUUGUCCGGACACCGUCGUAUCUGUUUUAUUCUGGAUAGGUUAUUUCAACAGUGCCCUGAAUCCGUUGAUCUACGCCUACUUCAACCGUGACUUUCGCGAGGCCUUCAAGGACACCUUGAAGAGCGCUCUACCCUGUUGCGCCGGAUGUUGGAAAACACCGUCUGAGUUCGUCUAGCGCGAGAGAUCAACAUAAACGGGGCUCAAAUACAUACAUAUAUAUAUAUAUAUAUAUAUAUAUAUAUAUAUAUAUUAAUUUUGAAUAUAUAUAUAUAUAUUCAAAAUUUCUUCUUCUCGAUUCUUUCCUUCUUUAUUUUCUCUUUAUUUCAUUAUUUCUUUCUCCUCGUCUUUUCGAAUGUUCUUUGAUUAAAUAAAACGAAUCAAUGAGAAAGAAUUAUAUUACAGAUCAAAAUUAAUAUCUUGCAAUAUGUGGCCACUGACACUUCGUUUAGUUGAAAAAAAAAAAAAAAAAAAAAAAAAAAAAAAAAAAAGAAAAGAAAAGAAA